CUAAAAUCAAUGGCGAAAUAGGGAUGCGGAAUUGACUGUGACAGCAGCCCCAAAGCGUCCCUAGAAGUAUCCAAUGCCUCCACAACCCAACAAAUCCUCCCCAGACAUCGAGUGCGAAAAACGCCAAAAUCUAAGCUUCAUUUUUCUUCUUACUUUAUUGCCGACGCAGAAAUUUGUUCUACCAAAUAUUCGAUCUUUAUACCAUUUUUCAAACUCUGUAACAUCAUUGCAGGAGAAGAACUCAGGGAAGAGUUGAUGGAGAGAGGGAGGAGGGAAGAGGAAGGAGAAGAAGAGGAAGAAGAAGGGUUGGUAGAGCUUCUGCUCUCUUCUCCUUCCUCUUGUACGAGUUAUUCUUCAAACUCCUUUGACAUUUGCUCCGAAGCUACUGUAAAGGAAGAAAAGAUUAAUAGAUGUAUGGGAUGGAGCAGUGAGAGCAAGAAGGCGAAGAAGGAAAGAUUUGGCUCCAAGGGGACAAUCAAGGCGAGGAAGGAGAGAUUGGGAGACAAGAUUGCAGCAUUGCAGCAGCUGGUUUCGCCAUUUGGGAAGCCUCUGUUCUUCAUGAAGCUCUGGCUUAUAUCCGGUUCCUUCACGAACAGGUUCAGGUUUUGGCAGGUACUGAGCUCGCCGUACCUGCGGCAGCGUCUGCCAACCUCUGCUUCGUUGCAGGGUAGUACAGCAGAAGGGGAGAUAAGGCUGGGAGACCUCCAGAGCCGGGGGCUGUGCCUGGUGCCUCUCACCUGCACCAUGCACGUACCCAACUCCAAUGGCGCUGAUUUAUGGGCUCCUUCUAAUCCCACUUUUAGCAUCACUAAACCCUCCUCCUAAUCUCUCUCUCUCUCUCUCUCUCUCUCUCUCUAAUGAAGCUGCUUCUUCUUCAUUACUAUUUUUUUGGGGUUUCUGCAUACAUGACACACCAAACACUGCAAUUUACAUAUCCCACGUCCGAAACUUUAGUAUUACAAAAUCUAAUAUUUUGAGAAGCUGCGCAUCAGAAAAGUCUUUGCUGGGGUGUAAAAUGUUGGUGGAAUAUGUAAAUACGGAAGUUUGGGGUGCUAUACAUGUAAAAUUCCUUUUGUUUUUUGUGUAGGAUGUAGAUACAUAACAGGAGAUUGCAGCCAGUCCAAAUGAUCACAUCAAACGAUGGAAUGAAUGGCACUUCAUACAGUAUAAUAUAGGCCUUAGAAAGGGGGCAGAACUGUAUAUGAUUUGGAUUUAUGAUUAUAAUUAUGUCAUAAUUAUUAAAUGGCUU